GACCGUGACCUGGACUGUAAACUGGAGGAGCUGAGGACCUUGGGGAGCUGGCUCUCUGAGGUGCAGGUCACUGAGUGGCUCAUCCAGCUGCUGCUCGGGGUCCACUACAUGCACCAGAGGCGGAUCCUUCAUCGGGACCUGAAAGCCAAAAACAUUUUCCUGAAGAAAAACAUUGUUAAAAUAGGUGACUUUGGUGUGUCCUGUCUGCUCAUGGGGUCAAGUGACCUGGCCACCACCUUCACAGGCACUCCAUACUACAUGAGCCCCGAGGCCCUCAGUCACCAUGGAUACGAUGCCAAGUCUGAUAUAUGGUCUCUGGGCUGUGUGCUGUAUGAGAUGUGCUGUCUGGCACACGCCUUUGAAGGACACAACUUCCUCUCUGUUGUCAUGAAGAUAGUUGAGGGUGAGACCCCAUCUCUGCCUGAGAGAUACUCAGCUGAGCUCAACACCUUCAUGCAGAGGAUGCUAGUGAAGGACCCAGUGUCCAGGAUAUCUGCUGCAGAGGCACUCAAAAGCAAAUACAUUGAGCAGAAGAUGCAGAUUGUCUUCAAAUUCCAUCGAUCCUAUGCUAGGAAUGUGGCCAGUGUUUCUCGCCUCUCCACUGAAAAACAAGGCAAUCCGCUGAGCACUUAUCUGCUCCUCCAAGAAACAAAUCCACACAAGAGGGCAAUGCCCUCGUCUGUCGGCAUACAUGGGGCGCAUCCUUCAACUAGGGCCUCUGCGGCGAGCCACAGACAGAGAGCAUCGCUGCUCAGAGUGUUGUUUUGCCGCCAUGGUCUUAAACUCUGCAAAGGCGCUCUGGAGGAGUACCAUUCCACAGAUGGAUUUUUUCUGCAGAUGCACAGUGAUGUGUUCUCUGCUGUGUCUCUUCGGUUCUCUCCACAGGCCAUAAAGCACAAGUUCUCCAGCGUGACUCUGCAGGACAGAACAUCACGUGGGGACAGAGAUGCCGCACAGAUACUAGAAGCGCUGCAGAAGAAGGUGCAUCUCCAGACGCUUCAGCAGAGGUCUGAAGUGCAGAGGAUGACCCCCAGAGAGCGCAUGAGGCUCCGCAAGCUCCAGGCAGCCGAUGAGAAGGCCAGGAAGCUGAAGCAGCUGGCGGAGGAGAAGUAUCAGGAGAACUGUCUUCGUAUGAGGGAGCUCCGAUGGCGCCAUUUUCAGACAGUCGCUGUGGAUGUGCUCACUGACAGCACAGAGGAUAGAGUCAUUAGGCCGUGCCAACCAACGCCACCUCCGGAUGCCCAUUCACUGGGCCCUGCAGCGCAAGCAGGAGAUGAGAUCUCAGCACAGCUGUGCGGGCCUGAGCCAGUGCAGAGCGGAAUCCCAGAGGACCCGCUGACUGCGGAGGCAUAUUACCAUGAGGAUGGCUUUGAUUCAUGUUCUGAGGAAGAUGAAGAGGAAUAUGAGGUGGAGGAGAAUGAGGAGGAGAAGGAUGAAGAUGAAUGUGGUGGGGAGAGUGAGGCCUAUGACACUUUUUGCCACACCUAUGGACAGGACGGUGACCUCGAGGCCAUGGUGUGGCAUAUGGAGAAUGUCCUCGACAGUGAGCCCAGCGGAGUCGGGACAGAAGAAAUCCAGUCGGGUUCACGGGGACCCCCCCAUAUCAACACCACCAUGGCGCGGAGCCGGAUCCAGCGGAUGAGAGAGGCAGUGACCGAGAGGCUCGGAGAGGAUGUCUUUCAGAGGGUGUACGACUAUCUGAGGGAGGCGAGGAGGGGGAAAGAGAGCGAGCCGGAUGUCCGAGAGGCUCUGAGCCAGCUGGUGGAGAGACCCAGUGACUGCUUCGAGGUCGACCAACUGCUCUACUAUGAGGAGCAGCUCCAGGAGACCCGGAGUGGGAGCUAGAUGAUGAUUUGUGGCCUCAGAGGGAAUCCCCUCAAACAUGAGCAUGUACUCGCGCACGCACACAGACACACACAAUGCACAUCAAAGGCUUAUCAUCUUGGGUAUCUGACGGUGUUUGUAUUACAUCUACAUUACUGAAAAGAACAAGAAAGAAAAAGUCUGUGUCUAAUGGUUGGUGGGGCUUAGGCUUUUUGGAGCAUAAGCAUCAUUCUUUGACUCCCGUCUUGUAUAUUUCAUAUUUAUGAAUGCUUAAUAUAUUGAAUCGAAUUAUGAAGUAUCCUUUGGGUCUCCCUUGACUGCAAACAUUUUAAGAAUUAAAAAUGAAGGAAUUCGUCAAUUUGAAACUUGUUAAGACCUCUUAAUCUGUGUGAUUUCUAUAAGAACAUGACUCUUGAUUCUGUAUCCCCACGUGGCUCAGAGUCCUGAUACCUUGUAAAUCAACCACUACACGUUAAGUCUUUAAUAAAGUCUAAUAUAUAUUCAUAUCAAGGCCUAUAUUUCAA